AUGGAUUACGAAAAGAUUUUAUUUGGUUUGCAACCGAUCCUCAAUGCGUCUUCAGUUAAGGAUGUUCCGAUGAACGAUGUCUACCUAGGAAGCUACCUAACCGUAAUGGACCAAUUGGCCAUUUCAUUGAGAGAACCUAAUAACAGAGAUGUUAUUGGCAAGACUGGACUGCUAUCGAACCUGGUAAGGGUAUUGGAACAAACACUUGAUUAUUGCUUUCAUGAUACGAAUAUUUUAAAUCAUGAUAAAAUAGCGUUUUUUGAGAUCAGUUCUGAAAUGAUUAGAUGUAUCGCUAAUGCAAUAAGUGACAAUGAUGAUAAUCGACAAAUUCUCCUAUCUUCAGGAGGGAAAAAGCUUCUUACUUAUUAUAUAGGCGGAAUACUCCAACUAAACCAAAUUUCUUCUGACGGCACCGAAGAUGACUUGUUAGAUAAAUUACAGAUGCGGUCGGUAGUGCUACUAAGAAACUUUUGCAUUGGAAAUAUCAAGUUUACAGAGAAAUUGGCUCCCUUUAUUAGAGGCCCAUUAUUUGUUAUGUUGAAAACUACACAGUAUACCUAUUUGACAUCUCCCGAAAAAGUUAUCUUAGGUUCGGAUUUAUUAAACGAUCUUUUAAAGUUCAAUUAUCAGAAUAUCCAAAUCAGUGAUCUAUUUUUUUUAAGCCAGUACAUCAAAAAAAUAUCUUCGAACGUGCAACAUAACGAAUUGCGAGAAAUAGAAGAUGUAGCGGUUGAAGUCUGUUCAAAUACUGAAACUCAGAAGCCCACUAGUCAAAAAGGUCAAGAGGACGUUGAAAAAGAAGAAGAAGAAGAAGAAGAGGAAGAGGAAGAGGAAGAAGAAGAUGAUGAUGAGGACGAUCUGAAUUGCGAAUUGCUUUUAAAUCUAUCGACAUGUCUUGAAACCAUUGUAGCCAAAGAUGAAAAUAUAAAUUUUACAAAUGAAGAGCAGAUUGUGCUAGGUAUGCAAAAAAACCUAUUAUCAUCCUUAGGUUGGUUAGAACCAAAAACCUUCAAUAAUAAACUAAUUGUAAUGAGAAGACUCUUAUCGUGCACUGGCAACAUCUCCGCCAAUCUAACCAACUCAAACAAACGAGAGCAAUCAUUAUGCAUCGAAACUAUCAAGAGCUCCACAAGUAGUUAUGUCUUAGCUGCGGUUUUGCUAAUAUUAUGUAACUCAGUUGCAUCCAAAAGUGACGUUAUCGCAUUGCUAAAACUUAUAUCUCUUAGCGAAUUGAUCAAGGUUGGCCGCUCGUUCCAAGACCCAUUACAAUAUCAAGGGCUUUUAGAUUUACUGAGAAAGCUGCUAAACAUAGAAAAUGCUAUGUGGCUAGAUGUCAAGGAUCUUUUCAUCUUAUUUCAAAUUAUGAAAAAAUGUCACGAACAAGCUAAAUAUUAUAACAACCUGAGAUCGUUAUUAACAAAUUUACUAAACAAAGUUUUGGCCGUACUGCCAAGUUCAAAACUACAAGACCUAAUUAACAGUGAUCCAACGAUCAUAUCCUUUAUAGCGGAACACGGAACAUUGACGUCCUGUAUUGCGAUGGAUAAGCUACUUGUGUCCAAGAAACCCAAUCCUAAAGAAGUUGUUACGUAUUUAUGGGAUUCGAUCUUCACAUUCCAAAAUCUAGGUCAAGCAGAACAACUAACCGUGUCAGAUUUAUUUCAUAUCACAAAAACAGUUGGAAUUUAUUUAAAAAAUUCAACUCUGACAACUGACGUCAAUCCAAUUGAGAAUACACUGUUCAAGAAUUAUGCUCAAAAGUUAAUCCUGAUAUUAGAGACUGUACUUUCAUUUAAAGAAAAUAUAGAUAAAGGUAGCGAGAGCUGUUUUAACAAUGGAAAGUUUAUUGCCGGUGUGAUAUUAAACAUUGUUAAAGAUACGGAAUGCUUAACGCCAGAAGAGAACAACUUAGAAGCACUAGCCAAAUCGUUUUUUUAG